AUGGUGGUGGCGGUGGAUACAAUAGCGUUUUUUGAGACUUUUGGAUGGACCAGCCCAGCGCCGGGCUCUGCAGUUGACCAGGUGGUUGCAGCCGCCGAGCCCUCAACGCAUUGCCGCGCCAAUGCUGAGGAGCAUCAACUGAUUGGCUGUCGGUACAGAUCACGUGUGCUGCUGGCGUUGCCCGAUUGGCUGCCGACGGAGCGCGAGCCCGGCUUUCCGCUGGAGCGGCGGCGGCGGGAGAGGGAGGCGCAGGCGCGGAGGCUUCCCGCCCUUAGGCGUCAGGAGGAUGCUGCAUUGCCACUUGGGAGGAAACGGCCAGUAUCCAGUGCAGGCACUGAGCAGGAAGAGGAAAUAGACGACAUUGGCGUUGGGUAUGACAACAGUGAUGUGGCCACCAUGCUUGAACGAUUUGGAGCUGAUAUUAAUAAGGCUAUCUUGGCUAAGAAGAAACGACUGGAAGUGUACACUAAGUCUUCAUUAAAGACCAGCAACCAAAAGAUAGAACAAGUUUGGAAAGUGCAACAAGAAGAAAGGCAAAAGCUGUCUGAUGAUUACUGUAAGCAGUUCACGGGAAUCUUCCAGCAAUGGGAGAAAGAUAUUCAGAAGGCCAAAGACCAAGAAGAGAAAAUAGAAAACCUGUUUAGGCAGCAACAGAAGCUUUUUCAGCAGAUGAGAGUAGUCCAGGGACAAAGACUAAAGAGCAUCAAGCAGUUGUUUGACCAGUUCCUAAAGAAUUUAGAGGACCUGGAGAAGAGUCACACAGAGCAGCAGUCAGCUGUACAGAGCGAGCUUCGCAAAGAGAUGGCCCUUUUUCAGAAAAGAAUUUUAAUGGAUACUCAACAGCAGGAGAUGGCCACAGUGCGGAAGUCCCUACAAUCCAUGCUGAUGUGACGGCAUUCAGUGAACACAAAUCCUCCACAAUGCCCAGGAGCCAUUCCAUUAAUACCUUUUUUUUGACGUUGCAGCAGCAAACUCAGUUUAUCGUUAGACUCUCAAAGUUCUGCUUGGUUUUAAAGCUGCCUUUAAUUAACAUAACAGUGGAAGUUUCUCUUCAAUGCAGUCAUUAUGUUGAAGUUGUUAAGCAGAAUAAAAACUAAUUUACUCUGCCACUUUGUUAACAGUUCUGUCCUUAUCCUCUUCCUACCCCAACCUCCCACAUGCAUCACUAUUGUUCAGUUGGAUUAAAGGUGUAAAACACCUUUUUGCCAGAUUUGAAAACUGUGAUCAGGGGCCCAACUGAAAUUUAUAAAAUCUUGAGAGGUCUUGCCAACAUGGAUGUGGAGAGGAUAGUUCCUUAUGUGAGAGAAGCUAGAACUAGGAAUCACCAAGGGAUUUGAUAUAUCUUUAGUCACAUAUACAGUGGCAUGCAAAAGUUUGGGCACCCCUGGUCAAAAUUUCUGUUACUGUGAAUAGUUAAGUGAGUAGAAGGUGAACUGAUCUCCGAAAGUCAAAGUUAAAGAUGAAACAUUCUUUUCAAUAUUGUGUAUUAUUUUUGUUUUGUACAAUUUUAGAGUGGAAAAAACAGGAAAGGAGCACUAUGCAAAAGUUUGGGCACCCCAAGAGAUUUGAGCUCUCAGAUAAUUUUUAUUAAGGUCUCAGACCUUCAUUAAGCUUGUUAGGGCUAUGGCUUGUUCAGUUAUCGUUAGGAAAGGCCAGGUGAUGCAUAUUUCAAAGGUUUAUAAAUACCCUGACUCCUCAAACCUUGUCCCAACAAUCAGCAGCCAUGAGGUCCUCUAAGCAGCUGCCUAGCACUGAAAAUUAAAAUAAAUGAUGCCCAUAAAGCAGAAAGCUAUAAGAAGACAGCAAAGCGUUUUCAGGUAGCCAUUUCCUCAGUUUGUAAUCUAAUUAAGAAAUGGCAGUUAACAGGAUGGUGGAGGUCAAGUUGAGGUCUGGAAGACCAAGAAAACUUUCCGAGAGAAGUACUCAUAGGAUUGCUAGAAAGGAAAUCAAAACCCCUGUUUGACUGCAAAAGACGUUCAGGAAGAUUGAGCAAACUCUGGAGUGGUGGUGCACUGUUCUACUGUGCAGCAACACCUGCACGAAUAUGACCUUCAUGGAAGAGUCAUCAGAAGAAAACCUCUCCUGCGUCCUCACCACAAAAUUCAGCGUCAAAAGUUUGCAAAGGAACAUUUAAACAAGCCUGAUGCAUUUUGGAAACAAGUCCUGUGGACCGAUGAAGUUAAAAUAGAACUUUCUGGCUGCAAUGUUUGGAGAAAAAAGGGUGCAGAAUUUCAUGAAAAGAACACCUCUCCAACUGUUGAGCACAGGGGUGGCUCGAUCAUGCUUUGUGCUCGUGUUGCAGCCAGUGGCACAGGGAACACGUCACUGGUAGAGGGAAGAAUAAAUUCAAUUAAAUACCAGAAAAUUCUGGAAGCAAACAUCACUCCAUCUGUAAAAAAGCUUAAGAGGAAAAGAGGAUGGCUUCUAGAACAGGAUAAUGAUCCUGAACACACCUCAAGAGGCACAAGCUGAAGGUUUUGCCAUGGCCUUCACAGUCCCCUGAACAUCAUUGAAAAUCUGUGGAUAGACCUCAAAAGAGCAGUGCAUGCAAGACAGCCCAAGAAUCUCACAGAACCAGAAGCCUUUUGCAAGGAAG